CCAUUUUUGCCUAUAAAAACCCAAUUCUAGCUCUGUUCUUCCUCCUCCUUGGCCCUCUGUUCUUCCUAUAGAACAUUAACAAAAUCCUCUGUUUUUCUUUUUUGUUCUUCAAAGACACUUCCUUUUGUUAGCUUUGCCCUGUUUUUUUGUAACUGGUCUAUUGAUCAAAGGGUGAAAAAAAAUGGAAUAUGAGGACAUAUAUGGACUAUCUCCAAGGCCUAAAUAUGAUUGCCUUCUCUUUGAUCUUGAUGAUACCCUUUAUCCCUUGAGCUCUGGUCUUGCUAAAGCAUGUGGAAACAACAUUAAAGAUUACAUGGUUGAAAAGCUGGGGAUUGGAAAGGAGAAAAUUGUUGAAUUGUCCAACUACUUGUAUAAGAAUUAUGGGACAACAAUGGCAGGCCUUAGGGCUGUUGGUUAUGACUUUGACUAUGAUGAUUACCAUAGCUAUGUCCAUGGAGGGCUUCCUUAUGAGAACUUAAAAGCAGACCCUCAAUUGAGGAGCCUAUUAUUGACUUUACCUAUUAGAAAAAUUAUCUUCACAAAUGCUGAUAGGGUCCAUGCAAUUAAAGCUCUUAGUAAACUUGGAUUAGAAGACUGUUUUGAAGGGAUUAUUUGCUUUGAAACCCUCAAUCCUACCCAUAAGAACACGGUCUCUGAUGACGAGGAUGACGUCGAGUUCUUGGGAUCGGUUUCCGCCACGACUGGUGUUGCUAACAACCCCGAGAUUUUCGACAUAAUCGGUCAUUUUGCCGACCCAAAGCCAGGUGCAACAUUGCCUAAAACACCCAUUGUUUGCAAACCACAAGAUAGUGCCAUUGAACUUGCUCUCAAGAUUGCCAAAAUCAAUCCUCAAAGAACAUUGUUCUUUGACGAUAGUGUCCGUAACAUCCAAGCCGGAAAACGUGUCGGUCUACACACUGUGUUGGUUGGUACUUCCCAAAGACCAAAAGGUGCUGAUUACGCAUUGGAAAGCAUUCAUAAUAUCAAGCAGGCAUUACCGGAGCUAUGGGAAACUGAUGUCAAAUCCGAUGUUAGUUACGCCGGCCAAGUUGCCGUUGAGACAUCGGUGACAGCUUAGAUCCUAUGUUUAUGUUUAGAGGGAAAAAAAAAUGUAGUCUACAUUCCUUGUCAUUGUUCAAAAUUCAAAUAAUGUAGAUGUACUGUUAUAUAUAAAAUAAGAAUCUAAUAAAGCGAAAGACAAAUUUUCUCCAA